AAUUUUUUUUUCUGUAUUAGCCUUGUACUAGACUAGAUAGAAAAUAGUUUGUAUAAUGUAUCGUGCUGCUGUGCUGGCUUUGUUCUCCACCAUAUUCCUCUCUGCCACUUGUUUGGAUACGAGGAACGAUUCUCAAUCUUACUCAAUCUCUCAGUUCCUGGUCACAAUCACCGGUACAAAUCUCACCGCUGCUGAAGUCUUGGAAAAAUUGCAGACUUUAAUCGCUUCACUGAAUGGACACGCGUCGGACAUAAAUGAAUGUGAACUAAUCGUCGAUUUGUGCAACGGCAAUUCCAGCUGCAUCAACACACUUGGCUCUUAUAUCUGUUUGUGCCCACCAGGAUUUACGUUACAAGGAAAUUCGUCGGACCCCUGUCAAGACGUGAACGAAUGCCUGGUUAACACCCACAACUGUAGCGCCAACGCUGAAUGCUCGAAUUUUCCAGGAAGUUUUUCUUGCCAAUGCCAACCUGGAUAUUUCGGUGACGGUUUUACCUGUCAAGACGUUGAUGAAUGUUAUCCUGAGGAAGAAGAGAAGCAGUGCGGGUUUAACGCUUACUGUGUGAAUAACCCUGGUUCAUACACAUGCAUCUGUGAGAGUGGGUAUUUAGGUGACGGUCAACUAUGUUACGAUGACGAUGAAUGUCUUACUGAUCCAUGCCACACAUUAGCAUAUUGUACCAACCUUUUUGGAUCGUAUACGUGUGAAUGUAAACUUGGUUUCAUCGGUGAUGGUAUAAACUGCUAUGAUUUCGACGAAUGCAGUGACGUUGCAUUAAAUAAUUGCAAUGACGAAGCAUAUUGUUUGAACACUGAAGGAUCAUACGUCUGUCACUGUAAAGAUGGGUUUGAAGGAAGUGGGAAUUACUGUGAAGAUGUGGACGAGUGUAAAGUAUUUGACUUCUGUCACAUGUACGCGACAUGUGAGAACCACCAAGGCUCUUUCUCUUGUAACUGCAAACCAGGAUUCGCUGGUAACGGAUACGUGUGUCAAGAUAUUGAUGAAUGCCUGAACAACAUGUCGAAUUGCUUGAGAGACGGAACUUCAUCUUGCUCCAAUACCAUUGGCUCAUAUUUCUGCGCAUGCGCAGACGGAUUUAGAGGAGAUGGCAUAACAACAUGCACAAAAGUUAACAAACCGAAUGAUUGCCUGCUUGGAACACACGACUGCGACAAGCAGGCUACUUGUAGUUUUAGCGGGAAUGAGUUUACUUGUACAUGUAACCAAACUACUUACGAUAAUCACACUAAUGGAAGAGAAUGCAUAUCACCUGUUAUGGUCCAAUGCACCACAACGUCUAUCACCGUUAAAGUUAUUGCGGAUUACUACAUGCAAAAAUCGAUUCGACUGCCGGACCUGCAUUUAAAUGAUUUUGAAUGUGGUGGUCAACAAACUGCGUUGUCUGAUGAGUAUUGGGAUUUCAUUAUAGAUGACCUUUCUUCGUGUGGAACCAUCGUAUCAAAAAACCAGACGCACAUAACCUAUUCAAAUAUUCUCUCAAAUUCUGUAAAGAGUGGAGUUUACAUGGGCACGUUAGUGAGCGUGCCUUUCUCCUGUUCCUACCCUUCCAACUUAACAGUAGCUCUCCCAACCCCAUAUUACCCGGAAGCCAACGUGAUCAGCAUAGCCGGACCAAAUGGUACUGGAACUUUCGUAGUCGAAAUGAACAUAUACACCGAUUCAAGUUACUCCUUCAUUAGCAACACUACCAGUUUUGCAACAACUGACAUACUUUACGUCCAGACUACUCUUACUGCCGACGACAACAGUCUAGCACUGCUAAUCCACGACUGCUGGGCGACACCAACAAGUUCCGGGGUUGACCCGAAUGCCUAUUAUUUCAUAGACAACGGAUGUCCCAUUCCAGGGCGUGUAGCGGAUACAGUACACAUCACCAUGAACGGAGUAAGCAAAAUAUCGAGAUUCCAUACGCAAGUAUUCGGGUUUGUUGAUUACAAUACAACUUAUUUUCACUGCACGGUCGAUUUGUGCUCGGAAAACGCCGGGCAGAUUUGUGAAAAGAGUUGUACGGAUGAACCAAUCAGUAUUAUUGACUUUGGAACGCGCCCAAAACGAAUGACAGGUGACGAUGACGUUCUUUCUUUGGGACCAUUUAUUAACAAAGAAUAUUUCACGAGCAUCGAUACCGCACCAGGAAGCCCCGCCAUUAACCCGUACAUCAUAAUUGUCUGCGCGUUUUCAGUUAUCAUUGCUCUUUUAAGCGCUGUUGUGCUUUAUGUUGUAAUAAAAGGGAAGAUAGCGAGACGGCCAACAACAGAGGAACGGACUGAUGCUUCCAACAUGAACUCGAACAGAAACAAUCCGUACUUACAAAACACAGGUUCAAGCCUUCCAGUCAUUUUAAAUGACAGCGCCAUGGAAAUGUAUGAGAACGAAAAGAAGGUUUUCGAAAGAUCUAACUCGUCAUCUGGUUCCACCAAGGUGGAAUUCAACGGUGUGUGAUGAGCACACAGUUACGUAAUUGCUCAUUUAUAUUCAUCGUUGCUUGUAACGGCCAAAGGUGAAAUUCAUCAUUGUGUAAUUAGUGUCAUACUUAUACUUUUCGAACGCAGCACUGUAUAUACAAUAUACUCUUUCCAGCAUAUUUAGUUUUCGGUAUAACAUUCCGAAGAAACUUAUAGACUGCAUAUACAUACAUUUUAGCGUUUGAAGUAGUUUUUGAGCUAUGUAAGUUAAUAGGUUAUUUUUAUUAUUAUGUAUGAUUUUAUAUACUGCCUUUAUGUAAUAUCUUAUUACCAUAGGCAACUGUUUUUUUAACUAUAAGCUUGAAUGACGUUUAAAAUGAAGUUUAUUGUUUUGAAAAAAUAAAAGAGAAAAUGAA